UGUCCACAGGUGCAUUUGACUACUGGUACUUUCACAAGGGUUAUCUUGACCAUCCACAUCCAUCACCCCUUUUUUUAGUAUUGUUUGGAAGGGCUUUACCCACCCUCUUCACUGAUUUGGUCCACUACAGGUGCAUAAAAAUGCUGCGAUUCUUCUUAUGUCUCCUGUGCGUGUCUCCUUGUCUCCUGACGCAGGAGACAGGAAGAUGCCAAGGCAAAGACUGCGUCCUAAAGACCUGGCACAAGGUAAGCUGCAAGACAGACGACGAUUGCAAUCAGCCACACGCCGCUUGCUUCAAACAACAGUGUCUGUGUGACCGAGGAUACUUUUAUACAACAAACGAUACGUGCACUAGCACAUGCAGCACAGACGAGUUGCAGGACACCUUUACUGAGUAUCCAAACACCGCUUUACGUGGAAACCACCUUGCUAGCUUUGAUGGAGUCAGUCUGAAGUAUUGUAAGGACAGCUGCCUGGCUGACAAGCGUUGUCUGACCUUUGACUUCAGAGCCCGUGGAGGUCGGUGUCGGCUUCAUAAUGUGACCGCUCUAGAGUCUUCCUCAUACGAGUCUCCUAAGAGGAGUAAAGGCUGGACCCACUACCAAAGAUCCUGCGAAGUCGGCGAGCCAAACACCUGGCAGGAUCAAAGCUGCACGACAGACGACGAUUGCAAUCAGCCACACGCCGUGUGCUAUGAAGACCAGUGUCGGUGUGACCCUGGGUUCUUCUUUACAACACCUUAUGAUAUCUGCUCUGGCACAUGCAGCACAGACGAGUUGCAGGACACCUUUACUGAGUAUCCAAACACCGCUCUACGUGGAGACUUGUACUCGAAUGGAGUCAGUCUGGAAGACUGCAAGGACAGGUGCCUGGCUGACAAGCGUUGCCUCACCUUUGACUUCAGAGCCUAUGGAGGUCGGUGUCGACUUCAUAAUGUGACCGCUCGUGAGUCUCCCUCAGGCUGGUCUCCUAAGGGGAGUAAAGGCUGGACCCACUACCAGAGAUCAUGCAAGUCCACUUUUGCAUCACACGAUAACUGGUACAACUUACUGUGUCACAGCAAGAUGGACUGUCAUGACCCCAACAGCGAUUGUUUGUCGGGCAGAUGUACCUGCCAUUCAGGCUUCAAGUUUAAUAAAACCGAGAAGAAGUGUCGUGCUCCAAUGUCAUGUCUACACUGGCGUGGAACAGGAGCCAAGAGCGGUGUGUACACAAUUCAGCUUCCAUACAACAAGGGACAUCUGAGAGUGGGGUGUAUCAUGAACAAUGGUGGCUGGCUGAUUUUCCAGAGACGUUUUGACAGAGACGCUGACUUUGACCGGAACUGGACAGAAUAUGAACAAGGUUUGGUAAACCCUCUAUUGGUCACAACUCUGACGAUGUUUGGCUGGGCUUGUCCACGCUUCACACACUGACAUCAUAUGGAUCAUGGCGCUUGUCAGUGUUCAUGGAAAAUGAAAAAGGAAUAGUGUACGGUGCUGUGUACUCGACAUUCCGUGUGGGCGGUCCUGAGACAAACUACAAACUUACUGUCUCCGGCUACUCGGGUACCGCAGGAGAUCAGAUGAGCAAAAGUAACGGAUACGAGUUUUCAACCUAUGACCGAGACCCGUACGGCUGUACCAACAAUCAUGCAGGCGCCUGGUGGUACCCGGAAGACUGUGGCCACGCGCAUCUCAACAGUCCUGUUAAAGGGAACAAUUAUUGGAGGGGCAUUGGCCGCGUGAGGUUUUCGAGGAUGGAGAUAAUGCCACAGUAGCACCAACUUGUCUCCUGUACCCACUGCUUACACCGCCAGUCUACUGUUCACUGUUCACUACAUGUUCCACUUAUGAUGCUCAGUGUAGAUUAACCUUUCGCAAUACUCUAGCAUCUGAACCUAGUGCAGACUACUGUACUUUCAUUGUUUACUUUGAUUAUAUUGCCUAGUGAUUCUAAUAUACAUGUGUUGUAUUAUUUCUUUCAGAUUUGGAUUUGCUUGGAUAAACUAACAUGUUUAAGAACUUAAAGUCUAAGUUUAACUAAUUAAUUUAGCAUUAAUUGUGCCUGGAUUGUAGAAAACGAGUAAUGAACUGUCGCUAUACACCGAAUAGUUUAUGCAAUGGUAGUUGACUCAGUGUGAAAAAAAUAACAAUCAUCCGAGAGUUUCCUUUUCAAAAUUAUGCAAAAACACGGAUACUGAUUAUAUCAAACACUGCUGUUGAUUAUUUCCUUACUGACGAAAUGAACAUGACUCAGAUUGUUACAGUCUUUAAUGGUUUGGUAUUAAAAACAGUUGAAGUUUA